UCCCUUUGAAUAAGGUUUUGAGACGCACGUCACGUAACUGUGAAAUUAAGCUCGUUUACCUUUACUAGUCUAACAAAAGACUUGAGGCCAGAAAAAAAAGGGAAAAAAAGAUUGAACAAAACAAGAGAAAUGACGGGCAACAAAAAUACAGCGAAUUCUAUGAAUGUAUCUCUUGGUCAAAACACAGGUCACUUUUCAAAGGAAGACACGAGACUCACUGCUGAUUGUACUGGUCAUGUGUGUAGUAAAGGAUUGGAAAAAGAAGAAAUGUUCGAGAAUAUUUGUCAAGUGUGUGAUAAAGGGUUGAAAAGUGUUGAAAAGUCCGAAACUUUUCAAGUGUGUGGUAAUAGAUUGAAAAGUUACGAAAAAUCCGACACUACUUGUCAAGUGCGUGUUAAAAGAUCUAGAGCGGUAGAUAAGUCCGAAGAACAUAUAACAAUUCGAUCUGGCAAUAAAACGUUUAAAUGUGACAUAUACAAUAAAGGAAAUAAUAAAACACUUAUCAUACAGUCGCAUACUCAAAAACGAACUCAGUCUGAUGAUAAACGUUUUAACUGUGAUGUAUGUACUAAAAGUUUUAGUCUUGAACAGCACUUAAAGUCACACAUGCGUAUACACAAUGAUGAUAAACCUUUUAAUUGUGACGUGUGUGGGAAAGCGUUUAAACGACCCAGUCAAUUAAACUCUCACAUGAUUAUGCACAAUGAUGAUAAACCUUUUAACUGUGACGUAUGUAGGAAAGCGUUCAAACGAUCUAGUCAACUAAAUUCACACAUGCGUAUACACAAUGAUGACAAACCUUAUAAUUGCGGGGUAUGUGGUAAAGAUUUUAAUCACCGACAAAAUUUACAAAGACAUAUGAGUAUACACAUUGGUGAUAAACCUUUUAACUGUGAUGUAUGUGGUAAAGGAUUUAGUCAUAAACAGAUCUUAAACUCACACAUGCGUAUACACAAUGAUGAGAAACCUUUUAAUUGUGACGUGUGUAGGAAAGCGUUUAAACGAUCUAGUCAAUUAAGUUCACACAUGCGUUUACACAAUGAUGAUAAACCUUAUAAUUGUGAUGUAUGUGGUAAAGGGUUUCAUCAACCUAGUCAAUUAAAGACACACAUGAGAACACACACUGGUGAUAAACCUUAUACCUGUGAUGUAUGUGGUAAAGGAUUUGCUGAAAGUGGUAGCUUACGGCCACACAUGAGAACACACACUGGUGAUAAACCUUAUACCUGUGAUGUAUGUAGUAAAUGUUUUAGUUAUAAGCAGCACUUAAAGUCACACAUGCGUAUACACACUGGAGAAAAACCUUUUAAAUGUGACGUAUGCGAUAGAAGGUUUCGUCAAAAUAGUGUCUUAAAGACACACACUAGAACUCAUACUGGUGUCAAACCAUAUAUAUGUGAUGUAUGUAAUAAAGGAUUUAGUCGACGUGAUACCUUAAAUGGACAUAUGAGAACACAUACGUUUGAAACACCUAAAAAAUGUAAAGUAUGUGAUGAAGUAUUUCGACAACGACAAGAUUUACUAAUACACAUGGGAACGCAUACUGACGAAAACCCCUAUACAUGCAAAAUAUGUGGUAAAUCUUUCAGUUACAAAUGCCAUUUAAAGGUACACACGAGAAUACACACGGGUGAUAAACCUUUUAACUGUGAUGUAUGCAGUAAACUGUUUAGCCAACGAUCAAAACUACGUAUGCAUAUGAAAAUACACACUGGUGAAAAACAUAAUUUUAAGUGUGGUGUAUGCGGCAGAAGAUUCCGUAAAACUAGUGAUUUAAAGAAUCACACGACAACACAUACUGGUGAAAAACCGUAUUUGUGUGAUGUGUGUGGUAAAGGAUUUAGUCGGAUUGAUACCUUGCAGGAACAUAUGAGAACACAUACAGGUGAACAACCUUAUAGAUGUGAUGUAUGUGAAACCAAAUUUCGUCAUAGGCAAGACUUACGGAUGCAUAUGAGAACGCAUUGACAAAUCCUAAACAUGUGAUAAAUGGACAUGAUGUAUCUAAUUUAAUGUUCAGAUACUCACAUACAGAAUAUGAACGUCUGACUUUUCAAAUAAAAUGUGUGCGCUAAUGGUUUAGUCAGAACCAAAUCUUAUUCUAAUAUUGAACAUGUUGAACUCUCAAACUAAGUUAUCCUCAAAUCCAUAUAAUUAUAUUACACGUAGAAUAAUGUCGUAUAUCAUGUACUUACUCAGUUUGAAUAAUAUAAAACCAAAAUUGA